CCUCGCUGGCUGUUUGUGUGUCUGUAGCCCCCUCUCCCCAGCUCUCACAUACACACUGCAAACACACGGUCCCUCACAUCUACGCACACACGCAGAGCUGAUCAGGGCAGGCAGCGCAGAGCCUGGUAAUUGUAUUGCUCCCUUCAAGUGGAAGGAAGGACCAAGAGAGAGGAAGACCAGAGAAAGAAGAGGAGGAGAGAGAGGACACAUAUAAAAACUUUGCUGUUUUUUUUUUGCUUUUUCUUGCAUUUUCCCGGAGGAAGUUGACAUGGCAAUGACCCGGUAUCGCCGAUGGAUUUGGUAGGACACCCAGUAUCCGAGUGUUUUUUAAUGCACUCUGAACAAGAGUAGAAUGAACUUAUCGAAGGGGCCUUUGGUGAACAGCAGCAGCGAAGAUAACUCCAAGUCAUCUUAUGGUAAAUGCGGCGCUGGCGCCUGGAGAAUGCACCAGAGCUACGAUCCGCUGGAGGCCAACCACAUGAGAGACGCACAUGCCCUCUACAACCCCAGGCUUCUCUGCAGAAUGUCCAGUAAGGAGCGCCACCUUGAGUCUAAUUGUCCGUCCUCGUACAUAAAGACUGAGCCGUCUAGUCCUGCCUCCCUGACUGACAGCCUAAACCACCACUCCCCCGGUGGCUCCAGCGACGCCUCAGGCUCAUAUUCGUCCACGAUGAACGGCCACCCCAACGGCCUGGACUCCCCAAGUCUUUACGGCUCCAACGCGGGGCCUCUGGGGCCUGCCGGUGGCCCCGGAUCAAAGCGUUAUGAGGACUGUUCAUCAACGAUUGGGGAAGAUUCACAAAUUAAGUGCGAGUACAUGUUGAAUUCCAUGCCCAAGCGGUUGUGUCUGGUGUGCGGGGACAUUGCAUCAGGGUACCACUAUGGUGUGGCAUCCUGUGAGGCCUGCAAGGCCUUCUUCAAACGCACCAUCCAAGGCAACAUCGAAUACAGCUGUCCAGCCACCAACGAGUGCGAGAUCACCAAGAGGAGACGCAAGUCAUGCCAGGCCUGUCGCUUCAUGAAGUGUCUGACUGUGGGGAUGCUGAGGGAGGGUAAGGGCAAAGGUGUUCGUCUGGACAGGGUUCGCGGUGGAAGACAGAAGUAUAAACGCCGGAUAGAUGCAGACAACAGCCCGUACCUGAACCCACAGCUAGCUCUACCCCCCAAGAAACCAUUUGCCUUUGGCUGCCUUGCAGAUAACAAAAUCGUCUCUCACCUGCUGGUGGCCGAGCCAGAGAAGAUUUACGCCAUGCCUGACCCAACAGUACCAGACAGCGACAUCAAGGCCCUGACUACGCUGUGUGACCUGGCGGACAGAGAGCUGGUGGUCAACAUUGGUUGGGCCAAACACAUCCCAGGUUUCUCCACACUGUCCUUGGCAGACCAGAUGAGUCUACUGCAGAGUGCAUGGAUGGAAAUCUUGAUCCUGCGCGUUGUGUACCGCUCACUAUCUUUUGAAGACAAGCUGGUGUAUGCAGAGGACUACAUAAUGGAUGAGGAUCAGUCGAAGCUGGCUGGACUUCUCGACUUAAACAACGCCAUCCUUCAACUGGUCAAGAAAUACAAAACUAUGAAACUAGAGAAGGAGGAAUUUGUCACCCUGAAGGCCAUUGCUUUGGCUAACUCAGACUCCAUGCACAUUGAAGAUGUGGAUGCAGUGCAGAAGCUCCAGGACGUGCUCCACGAGGCCCUGCAGGACUACGAGGCUUCCCAGCAUCAGGAGGACCCCCGCCGGGCGGGCAAACUGCUCAUGACCCUCCCCCUGCUCCGCCAGACCUCCACCAAGGCCGUGCAGCACUUCUACAGCAUCAAGCAAGACGGAAAAGUCCCAAUGCACAAACUGUUCUUGGAGCUGCUGGAGGCCAAGGUCUGAGGACGGGGAGGGGAUGAAGGACAGCUCGACACCAGUCCAGGCCGCCCCAGCUUCAACUGGAACUCCAAACAACAACACUGAAUGACCUCUUGCUCUUUUACACGCACACACUCUUAUACAUGAAAAUACACACACA